CCCUGCGAUUUCCGCCUCUCUUACUCAAUACCGCGCGAUGGCUCAUGUUUCCAAGAUCAGCGGCGUGCUGUGCCUCGCAUUCUUCAUGCUUGCUCUCGCCCUCACUCCCGCCAGCGCCGUAUUCACCAGCUUCAGCGUGGGACUCAAUGACGGAGGCGCCAAUACAACGGCGGCAAGGGCUGCGGCACGUGCUACGAGGUUUCCUGCAAGAACCACAAGAGCUGCAGGGGCGGCAGCGUGACGGUGCGCGCCGUCGGGAAGCAAGGCAACGGCGAUUUCCUCCUCUCCUCGACCGCGUGGGACAAAAUCGUCCGCGACCGGGCCGCGUAGAGAUUAAGUACCGCGGCGUGGAGUGCCCUAGCAACGGCACCUUUGCGGUACGGGUGAUGCCGGGGAGCAACCCUUACUGGUUCGCGAUUCAGAUUCUGGGCGUGGUGGACGCGGUGGAGAAGGUGGAGAUCUCCAAGGACGCCAGCAGCUGGACGAGCCUGCGCGCCAUGGGAGAGAGCGCCACGUGGGUGCUGGGGUCCGGCGCUGAGAAGAUCGUGGGUGUGGGGAGGACGGUGAGCGUGCGCGUCACAGAGGUGGCCCAGGCCGGGCAGCAGCUGGUGCUGCAACUUGUGAAUGUGAUCCCGGCCAAGUGGAGCGCCGGGACGACCUACGAGUACACCGUUGUCAUCUAGUAACGAGAUGGCUUAUAACAGGGAGGUUUGGGAAGUUGAGCGCGUGGCGGUGGGGAGCGGAGCAGGUGGGAAGACCUGCGAGAGUACCGGCAACUUCACGCUACACACAGGCGUUGAGUGGAGUCGUUUGGGGCAUAAGUGGAUAGUCUAGCAAGGCAGAAUAAAAGCCGGAGGGCCAACCUUUGAGAUGGAGUUAUUGGCCGACCAACUGGUAGAGGCAUUGACCUUGCACUGAAUAAAUGCAUGCCUUGCUUAUGCUGAGUCUAUGCC